AUGGUCGACCUCCUCAUCUCUCUCCUGGUUCUCGUUUUGCUCGCUCUCGCUCUGGUUGCCGGCCUUCUCGUCCUCCGCCGUAAGCGUCAGGCUAUGAAACAAUCCGUACUGCCCGUACACAAUGGCCAGGUCCCUACUCACAACCGCGGCAUGACAAUCACCACCAACAGGACUGACUCCGUGAUGGUCUGUGACGAGAAACGCAGCCUCAUGGACAACUCCCCGGUCCCCGAGAUUCGCAUCACCUUCCCCGAAGAGGAGGAUGCCUCUGGAAAGCGAUCCUCCAAGAUGGUCGUGGUCCGCAUUAGUGAACACGGCAGCUAUGGCCUCGAGCCCUGCAACGAGGAGCUGCCGCCUUACCAAACUACCGACUAUGGACGGUUCCACUCCCUCGACAUUGAGCGGAUGGGCGGCUUGAAGGAGAAGGAGGAUAUGAAGAGCUACUCUUAA